AGAGCUGCCGCAGCGCCAGAGCCGGAGCCGGAGCGCGCGAGCUCGCAGGGCGGGAGGAACUAGCGGUGGCUGGCGACGCACCCGAGACCCGGGCACUGCUGCGCUCCUGCUCAGGACCCGCGACCCAGGCGGCUGACCCCGGCCCUAUCCCCGCUCCGGCCCCUAGUCCACCCCGGCCCAGCCUAGCGGAGCCCCCGCGUCCGCCCGCCGCAGCCACCGCUCCAUCCCCAGCCCCGGCCCCGCAUCCAGGCGGGUCCUGGAUCUUCGCGCCGAACCAGCACUCCAGUUCCACGGGGCUGCAGGUUGCAGGGCCCGGAUAACAGAGGCGGUGGCCCCUCCCGCAUCUCCGGGUUUCAAGGACGCUAGGACUCUCCGCGGCCCUGAGGCUUCCCACUGGGGAGUGGGGUCUCCAGGAUGGACGUGUUCAUGAAGGGCCUGUCCAUGGCCAAGGAGGGCGUUGUGGCAGCCGCGGAGAAAACCAAGCAGGGGGUCACCGAGGCGGCGGAGAAGACCAAGGAGGGCGUCCUCUACGUCGGAAGCAAGACCCGAGAAGGUGUGGUACAAGGUGUGGCUUCAGUGGCUGAAAAAACCAAGGAACAGGCCUCACAUCUGGGAGGAGCUGUGUUCUCUGGGGCAGGGAACAUCGCAGCAGCCACAGGCCUGGUGAAGAGGGAGGAAUUCCCCACUGAUCUGAAGCCAGAGGAAAUGGCCCAGGAAGCUGCUGAGGAACCGCUGAUUGAGCCCCUGAUGGAGCCAGAAGGGGAGAGUUAUGAGGAUCCACCCCAGGAGGAAUAUCAGGAGUAUGAGCCAGAGGCGUAGGGGCCCAGGACAGCCCCCACCAGCAGCACAAUUCUGUCCCUGUCCCUGCCCCGCCCCCUAGAGCCAGGGCUGUCCUUUGACUCCUUCUCCCCAAUCACGAGAUCUUCCUUCCGCUCUGAGGCAACCUCCUCCGAGCCUGUGUUAGUGUCUGUCCAUCUGUCUGUCCUACCCGCCCACGUCCAACCCUGGGGCGUGGACAGGGCCGGGGUUGCGGCCGCGGCUGGGAGCCUCGCCCCUCCAGUGUUGCCUCCUCCUGUCCAGCGUCUGCGCGGAUGUAGCAUGUUCUAUAUGUUUUUAAACGAAGAUCCGAAGCGACGGCUCCUCCCCAUCCCCGACAGUGGCUCUCCAAGGGGCCCCCGGGCAGCCUCAGAGCACCCCGCCCCACUCCCAUUAACCCCGAGAACAUUUUUUUUAACCAAAACCAGGAGCCAGGCUGUGCCAUGUCCCCCCUCCCACCGCCCCCAGCCGGCCCUGUCCGAACGCGGGCGUCGUGUGUUGUGAUUGUGGCAUGGAGAGUCCCCAUCCCCCCGUGUGAGCGUGUCCCGGGCGGGUGGGCCCGGCCGCCCCCCGCGAGUCCAUGAAUAAAGCUAAUCUGUCUGUA